AUGUCAUUCAAUAUCAUGCAAGGACUGUCACGCUCGUGUGUUAGGUAUGGAAUUCACGAUCCCGUCAAAACUGACGCCGAACAACGUUUCAACGUCAUCGGCUCCGCGCAAAUGGGAUAUAUUGCACUCCACAACGCUUUCAUUGCCGAAGGACAGAGGCGGGGAAAUGGAUUGCAACCUCAUGUGGUUCCUGUUCUUGGGAGGGUAUUGGCUCUCGUGGCGGCUUGUGGCAUUUUUGAGAUUUCUCUCCCUGAAAUAUCCCCUAUCCUCGGAAAGGCACCAAUGUUCGAGACUGUCGCCAGAGAGAGGAUCGCAAAUCUCCGUGGUCAUCAUGCGAGCCACAUUUUCAACUCUCUUCUCUUCCAAGGGAGUACGGAAAGUACCGCAACCGGCUUUUCUCAGAAAACUAUGUCAUUCAAAGGCACCAGGGUCGUCAUCGGACAUAUUAAGAAAGCGAAAAGGGUAGAACUUCUACCACAAUAUGUGUCGAAUCUCUGCGAAGUGUCCGGGUCCGUGGACAAAAAAUAUCCUGUGGGCACACCAGUGUAUAUGCUGUCGGGCUGGGCGAAUCUGCUGCUCCACCGGGAAGCCACGGAAAUAGACAGGGACCAGAAGACAUUCAUGAACAGAGGUUUCACGUGUACUCCAAUCAGGACGACCGACAUUCACGGGAACGCAUAUAUGUCCGGUGGGGAAAUGGGCAAGAUUGGAGUCCGGGUCAAAGAGCUAUCGGACGGCACUUUGAUGGCGAAACCACGAAAAUUCGACCAUUUCGACUACAAAUGCAGCGCGGACUAUAGCAAAGGCCAUAGCCGCAUCGAAGCUACGGGUCAAGAGAAGCUAUUUGGCGGCAUUUUGGGCACAAUGCUGAAAAUCAGCAGCCGAGACAUCGUGGGCAAUUCCAUCGAGCAUACGAUCGGCAUGUCCGCUGGUAAAGUGGCAAUUCUUUGGCGGCCGGGUGACUGGGUACUGGGUUGUUUCCUGAUGCAGACGCUCCCGCAGAGCUCGUACCUUCAGGGCAGAGCCCAGUGUUUGUAUUGUGCGGUCGAAUGCGCCGCUCUCACGGGAUGCCCCGAGGUCAUUGCUUGUGGAAGCGGACGAGUUACGGCAGAGACGCUUGCUGAAGAGGUGGAACGAGACCGGCAACGGCAGAGACAGUCAGGGAGGCUUUCGAACAGCGUUCCCACUCCUCCUCCCACGACCUCGACCAUUGGGAGUCCGCCCGUGCUUCCGCCUUACCCCUGCUUCGCCACCAGUGCGCUCACCCUCGACACCACCUACGCCUUUUUCCGCGAAAAUGGAUCCAGUACGGUCACAGGGUGA